GAUAAAUCAGCAGCGACUCGAGCUAGAUUUACAGAAGCAUUGGGGGGAGAGGAAAAUAGACGAGAGGACAGGAAAUCAUGAUCUCGCAGUUCUUCGUGCUCUCACAGCGAGGCGAUAACAUUGUCUUUCGAGACUAUCGAGGUGAAGUACCGAAAGGAAGCGCAGAGAUAUUUUUCCGCAAAGUCAAAUUUUGGAAAGAUGAUGGGCAAGAGGAGGCACCACCUGUCUUUCAUGUGGAUGGUGUAAACUACUUUCACGUCAAGGUUGUGGGAUUGUUGUUUGUUGCAACCACAAGGGUUAAUGUGUCACCAUCCCUCAUUUUGGAACUCUUACAAAGGAUUGCCCGUGUCAUAAAAGAUUACAUUGGGGUUCUUAAUGAAGAUUCACUUCGGAAAAAUUUUGUGCUUGUUUAUGAGUUGCUUGAUGAUGUCAUUGAUUUUGGUUAUGUGCAAACAACAUCUACUGAAGUAUUAAAAUCCUAUGUAUUUAAUGAGCCAAUCGCGGUUGAUGCUGCACGAUUUCAAGCCCUUGGUCCUGCAGCCAUGUUUAUGCAAGGAACGAAAAGGAUGCCUGGUACAGCAGUUACAAAGUCUGUGGUAGCAAAUGAGCCCGGAGGAAGGAGAAGGGAAGAAAUUUUCGUGGACAUAAUUGAGAAAAUCAGCAUCACAUUCAGCUCUAGUGGAUAUAUACUGACUUCUGAGAUCGAUGGCACCAUCCAAAUGAAGAGCUAUCUAACUGGAAAUCCAGAAAUUCGAUUAGCUCUUAAUGAGGACCUGAGCAUAGGAAAAGAUGGGAGAUCAGUCUAUGAUUAUAGGAGUUCUUCCGGGUCUGGAAUUGUUAUACUCGAUGAUUGUAAUUUCCAUGAAUCUGUGCACCUUGAUAGUUUUGAGAUGGAUAGAACUCUUUCUCUGGUACCGCCAGAUGGUGAAUUUCCUGUGAUGAACUAUCGAAUGACCCAGGAAUUCAAGCCUCCAUUUCGUAUUAACACCUUGAUUGAAGAAGUAGGAUCCUCGAAGGCUGAAGUGAUUCUCAAGAUACGGGCUGAGUUUCCCUCAAGCAUUACUGCAAACACAAUUGCCAUACAGAUGCCACUACCAAAAUACACCACCAGAGCUAAUUUUGAGCUAGAACCUGGAGUGGUCGGACAAACAACAGAUUUUAAGGAAUCAAACAAGCGACUUGAAUGGGGAUUACAAAAGAUUGUAGGAGGAUCUGAACAUACAUUACGUGCUAAGCUGACAUUUUCACAGGAGUCGCAUGGGAAUAUCACAAAGGAAUCUGGGCCAGUUAGCAUGACAUUCACCAUACCAAUGUACAAUGCUUCAAGGCUUCAGGUGAAAUACUUGCAGAUAGCUAAGAAAUCCAGCACUUACAAUCCAUAUAGAUGGGUGAGAUAUGUCACGCAGGCCAAUUCAUAUGUUGCUCGCAUUUGAACAAAUUUUAGCCUUUCUACAACCCUAUUCUGUUGUUUCUUGUUGUAUCAAUUUUGUUUGGGAUAAGAUCAAUUUUGCCCUUUACUUUAUAUCUCUGCAUUGAUGAAUUUAUCACCUACUAGUACUUUUUGUCCUUAAUGAAGUGCGAACCUAUAUCAAUUGAAUUAAUAAUUCUUAAAAAGAA